AUGUACGUUUCCGGUGAAAUUUUUGGGGAUUUGGACCUUAACGAGGCCAAACGUUUUUGCUACGAGUCCUACAUCCCCGAAAGAUUUGAAGAUUACUUGCAAAAUUAUAGAGUGAAGCAGUUGGAAGAUGUACAUAGAGAAUGGAGAGAGCGUGGCUUUGAGGAUGAACCUCUGAAAUUAGAGCCGGAGAAGUUUGCUCCCGAUUUCAAUGAAGAAUAUUUUAUAGACACCAAGUUCCAUGAACUUCCUCGUUAUGAUAAAGAAACAAAACCUACACUUGAUUCCGAGUCACUUUACCCCGGACAAAGAGAAGAUAUUCUAGCGGGCGUCUCUGAUUACAGGAAAGAGAUUGACAUGAUGAAUAAGAGGGAGAAAAAAAUAUCUAUUCUAUCUGAAGAAAGAAAAAAUCUACUGGCCCGCAUUGGAAUGUAUCAAAAGCGGGAACAACGGGUGAUGAAGAAUGAUGAUGAAGCUUCUCCAGAAACAGGAUCCAGUCAAUCUGAUUUAGGAGCUUUUUCUGAAAUACAAGUCAAUACAGAUGCUGAAUUUUGUCAAAUGAAGAAAAAGGAGAAGGCAUUGAAGAAGAGGAAAAAGAAGAAGAAAGAGAUGAAGAAGAAGAAACGGAGCUACUAUUAGGAAGACAUCUGCACUCAAUCUAUCUGAUGAACGAGCCACGAGCAUACAUGUUAGUAUUUCCGGUUUGUAGCAAAAGAUUAACAAAACCGUUUGUGACUUUUGGAAACAAAACAUGCAUGUAGAAGUUUGGAAAGCAUUCCUCUUGACUUUUGAAAAAAAAUAAUACUAUGAAACAAAAGUUAUACAUCACAAAGGCAAUGGCAGCAAUGUGAUGAUAGGAG